GAGGCCUCGCGGGCCGGCGGCUAUGGAGGAGGCGGCGGCGGUUGAUGGUUGACUGUUGGCUCCAGGGUAGGGGUCGCCGCUCGGGCGAUCUCCUCAAACCCGACCAGAGUGCUUGGACUGCUGACGUUCAGCCUGGAGCCCGCGGGCGAGACCUAGUUGGGCUCCGCCAUGCGGGCCGGGAGUAACGAGCCGGACGGCGUCCUCAGCUAUCAGAGACCAGAUGAAGAAGCUGUGGUGGAUCAGGGUGGGACCAGUACAAUUCUCAACAUCCACUAUGAGAAAGAAGAGUUGGAAGGUCAUAGGACUCUGUACGUGGGGGUCCGGAUGCCGCUGGGCCGGCAGAGCCAUCGGCACCACCGAACCCAUGGCCAGAAGCAUCGGAGACGAGGGCGGGGCAAGGGAGCCAGCCAGGGGGAGGAAGGCCCCGAGGCCCUGGCCCAUGACACUCCAUCUCAGCGUGUUCAGUUCAUUCUUGGCACUGAGGAGGAUGAAGAGCAUGUGCCUCACGAGCUGUUCACAGAACUGGAUGAGAUCUGCCUGAAAGAGGGAGAAGAUGCCGAGUGGAAGGAGACAGCCAGGUGGUUGAAGUUUGAAGAAGAUGUUGAGGAUGGGGGAGAGCGCUGGAGCAAGCCUUACGUCGCAACCCUUUCACUGCACAGUCUCUUUGAGCUAAGGAGCUGCCUUAUUAACGGAACGGUCCUUCUGGAUAUGCAUGCGAACAGCAUAGAAGAAAUCUCAGACCUGAUCCUGGACCAGCAGGAACUGUUCAGUGACCUGAAUGACAGCAUGAGGGUUAAAGUACGGGAAGCCCUUCUCAAAAAGCAUCAUCAUCAGAAUGAAAAGAAGAGAAAUAACCUCAUCCCCAUUGUUCGCUCCUUUGCUGAGGUUGGCAAGAAACAAUCUGAUCCACAUUCAAUGGAUAAACAUGGUCAGACUGUGUCUCCUCAGUCCGUUCCAACUACAAGUCUUGAAGUAAAAAAUGGAAUGAAUUGUGAACACAGUCCCGUGGACUUAAGCAAGGUCGACCUUCAUUUCAUGAAGAAAAUUCCCACUGGGGCAGAGGCCUCGAAUGUCCUGGUUGGAGAGGUGGACUCUCUGGGCCGCCCCGUUGUCGCCUUUGUGAGGCUGUCUCCGGCAGUCCUUCUCUCGGGCCUGACAGAAGUGCCCAUCCCAACAAGAUUUUUGUUUAUCCUACUGGGUCCAGUAGGGAAAGGUCAGCAGUACCAUGAGAUUGGCAGAUCCAUGGCCACCAUCAUGACAGAUGAGAUUUUUCAUGAUGUGGCAUAUAAGGCAAAAGAGCGGGACGAUCUCCUGGCAGGGAUUGACGAGUUCCUAGACCAGGUGACGGUGCUGCCUCCAGGGGAGUGGGACCCCUCCAUUAGAAUUGAGCCACCCAAAAAUGUCCCUUCCCAGGAGAAAAGGAAAAUGCCUGGAGUUCCAAAUGGAAAUGUUUGCCACAUAGAACCGGAACCACAUGGGGGCCACAGCGGGCCAGAACUUCAACGCACUGGGCGGCUGUUUGGGGGCUUGGUGCUGGACAUCAAGCGGAAGGCCCCCUGGUACUGGAGCGACUACCGGGAUGCACUCAGCUUACAGUGUUUGGCCUCCUUUCUGUUCCUGUACUGUGCCUGCAUGUCACCUGUCAUCACCUUUGGGGGAUUGCUCGGAGAAGCCACCGAGGGGCGCAUAAGUGCAAUUGAAUCCUUGUUUGGAGCCUCCAUGACUGGGAUUGCCUAUUCCUUGUUUGCCGGACAGGCUCUCACCAUCCUUGGAAGUACUGGGCCAGUGCUUGUGUUUGAAAAGAUUUUGUUCAAAUUCUGCAAAGACUAUGCUCUUUCAUACCUCUCCCUGCGAGCCUGUAUCGGACUGUGGACCGCCUUCCUGUGUAUUGUCCUUGUGGCAACUGACGCCAGUUCACUUGUCUGCUACAUUACCCGCUUCACUGAAGAAGCAUUUGCCUCCCUGAUUUGCAUUAUUUUCAUCUAUGAAGCAAUAGAAAAGCUGAUUCACCUGGCAGAGACCUACCCCAUCCACAUGCACAGUCAGCUGGACCACCUUAGCCUGUAUUACUGCAGGUGUACUCUCCCAGAGAAUCCAAACAAUCACACCUUGCAGUACUGGAAGGACCACAACAUCGUGACAACAGAAGUCCACUGGGCCAACCUGACUGUUAGUGAGUGCCAGGAGAUGCAUGGAGAGUUCACGGGCUCUGUGUGUGGCCACCAUGGACCCUAUACUCCCGAUGUGCUCUUUUGGUCCUGCAUUCUAUUCUUCACCACCUUCAUCCUCUCCAGCACCUUGAAGACAUUUAAGACAAGCCGCUACUUCCCAACCAGAGUCCGCUCCACGGUGAGUGACUUUGCUGUUUUCUUCACUAUCUUCACAAUGGUGAUUGUUGAUUUUUUGAUUGGAAUCCCAUCACCAAAGCUUCAAGUUCCCAGUGUGUUCAAGCCAACACGGGAUGAUCGAGGGUGGAUUAUUAGUCCUAUUGGCCCCAAUCCCUGGUGGACUGUGAUAGCUGCAAUUAUCCCAGCUCUUCUCUGCACUAUCUUGAUAUUCAUGGACCAGCAGAUCACAGCUGUCAUCAUUAACAGGAAGGAACACAAACUCAAGAAAGGAUGUGGCUACCACCUGGACCUGCUGAUGGUGGCCAUCAUGCUGGGUGUCUGCUCCAUCAUGGGCCUGCCCUGGUUUGUGGCUGCAACUGUCCUGUCCAUCACACAUGUGAACAGCCUCAAACUGGAAUCUGAGUGCUCUGCCCCUGGAGAACAGCCCAAAUUCUUGGGUAUCCGAGAACAGAGAGUAACAGGCCUUAUGAUCUUUGUGCUGAUGGGCUGCUCAGUCUUCAUGACAACUAUAUUAAAGUUUAUCCCGAUGCCAGUACUCUAUGGAGUUUUCCUCUACAUGGGAGUGUCUUCACUACAGGGAAUUCAGUUCUUUGAUCGUCUGAAGCUCUUUGGGAUGCCCGCAAAGCACCAGCCAGACUUCAUCUACCUUCGGCACGUGCCGCUGCGCAAAGUGCACCUCUUCACCCUCAUCCAGCUGACCUGCCUCAUCCUGCUUUGGGUCAUCAAGGCAUCUCCAGCUGCCAUUGUCUUUCCAAUGAUGGUUUUGGCCCUCGUCUUCGUCAGGAAAGUCAUGGAUCUCUGUUUCUCUAAGCGGGAGCUGAGCUGGUUAGAUGAUCUCAUGCCAGAAAGCAAAAAGAAGAAGUUGGAUGAUGCCAAAAAGAAGGCCAAGGAGGAAGAGGAGGCUGAGAAAAUGUUAGAAAUGGGGGGAGACAAGUUCCCCUUAGAGAGCAGGAAGUUACUAAGUAGUCCUGGAAAGAACAACAGUUUCAGAUGUGACCCCUCUGAGAUUAAUAUAUCUGACGAAAUGCCUAAAACCACAGUCUGGAAAGCUCUCAGUAUGAAUUCUGGAAACACAAAGGAAAAGAGUCUCUUCAACUAAAAGUCUUUGCUGGGAUGGAGGAUGUGGGCCGUGAGGUGCCACAGGGAAGUUCUGGUUACAGAGAAGAUCACGAGUGUCUCAGAGAAGAAGCGAUCCCAAGUCUGGCCCUGUCCUUGGUCCUGUCCAAGCCGCGCGAGCGUUCAGUUAUUGGUGGUGUGCGUCGGAGGGCGCUGCCAGGUAUGAGUGUGGAAGCAGAAGACCACCUCCCAUUGGUACUUCUCUUCCUUCUCUGUCUCUUCAGAACUGCCACCACCGAAGACCCAGCUUCCCAUUUGCCAGACAUUUCCUCUGAAACCCUCUGCUGGCCUGCUGAGCCGAAUGGAUCCAUUCUGCCACUGAGGAUUUCCUCGGUGAGGUCCCUCUUGCUCAGGGACAGGGUGAGGAAGUAGGAGGAGAGCAGAGAGGAAAAGGAAGCCUCUCCAGUCCCAUAGUGACGGCAGGCUCCUGGGCAGCCCCGUGCCUUGGUUUGGUUGCCUGCUCUGGGGGAUGCUGGCGAGACCCAGAGGCCACCAGGAGGGUCUGCUCCUAGGAGGGUCAGCGCCCUGGGCGUUGGCAUUGCUCACCACCACAGCCAGAAGGUGCCUCUGGCCUGGUGCGUCUUCAUCGCUGCCUAGCAGCAGCCUGCAUAACUCAGCAAGAACCUUGGAUGAUCAAAGGGCCAAGAGGGACGUUGAAGCUGCUUAGCUCAGACAGGAAAAGGCCUGGGGGAAAAUCAGUGAUGGUGAGUGAGGAUGAACAGCUUCUCCUGACUUCAUUGAUAGGGUAAGAGAACAAGCUUCAGUGGCUACAGAAGGAAUUAGUUUAGACAUCAGGAAGGACUUCCUAGCCUGAAGAUUUGUCAUAGUGUCUGCUUUCUAGA